AUGGAUAAUGACAACACGACAACAGGCUUCUCCAUCGUGAAGAGUCCUCGUGGGGAUACCCCUCAUCCCAAUCUCCUGGCCUCGUUGCAUCCUCUCGACAAUGCCAACCUCCUCUCCAAGGCCAUCUUUGGGUGGGCCAACUCCACCCUUCGAGAAGGCAACCGACGCCAACUCGGUCCCGAAGACUUGUGGCCCCUCCAGGAAUCCAACAAGGCGGCACCCUUGGCCUCCAACUACGCCGCUGUCUACGUCACCCGAGGCAAGAGCAUCUUGCGCACCUUCUUCGCGAUCUACUGGGCCAAACUCGUUGGCGUUGGACUCAUGCAAUUGUUCACGGUGGCCUGCGACCUCUACGGACCUGCCUACGUGCUCCAGAAAGUGGUGCGGGCCGUGCAACAGCCAGUGUUUGACGCCACCGCGACGUCGCUGCUGGUGUUGUCCCUUUACGGCAUACAAGUCCUGAGUGCUUUCACGAAAGCGCACAUGAAGUUCAUAAACGACGUGAUCGGUAUCCAGCUUGCCUCCAGUCUGCGCUCGAUGUUGUUUGAGAAAGCACUCAAGCUGAAUGCCAAGUCCAAGAAGGAAAAGUCCACAGGUGACAUCGCCAACUUGUUCUCCACCGAUAUUAUCAACAUCAUGCAAUUUGCAGCCAGCAUGAACCUGAUUUGGAUCGUGCCGGUGCAGAUUGGCGUCGUGCUCUUCCUGUUGUACUUGCUCGUGGGGUGGUCCAUCUUCGUGGGUCUCGCGGUUGUGUUUGUGAUUCUCGCGUUGAACGCCGUGGUGGCUGUCGUGCUGGGCAAAGAGCUAGACCACAUGUUCAAGGCCAAGGACAAUCGCAUGAAAGUCGUCAACGAAGUGUUCGGGGCUAUCCAAAUCGUCAAGUUCAACGCGUGGGAAGAGAAGUUUCUGGCCAAGCUCACCGAGUUGCGCCUUGUGGAAAUUGUGUCCAUUUGGAAGUACAUGCGGUACCACUUGGUGCUCGUCACGUUUUUGUUCACCACUCCGGUGUUGGUCACGAUCGCAAUCUUUGCCACGUUCGCUCUGUGGAUGAACCAGGCGUUGACUGUCGAGAUUGUGUUUUCGACCCUGGCGUUGUUCAGGUCUAUGCAACAUGCCCUCUACAGCCUGCCUAUUGUCAUCACGUCUACCGUGCAGUGCUUUGUGUCUGUGAAGCGCAUCAACGCUGUGCUGCAUAUGGAUGAAUGCGACCCGUCGGACGUUCAGACACCAGCCUCCAACGCCGCGCUCAAGGCCAAGUACGCCACCGACCGCACGGUGCUGGCCAUUGACCAAGGCUCGUUUGGCUGGCACGCUGGGGAGUCGGACAAGGACAGCGCCACUGACACGAAAGUCGCAGACGCUGUCGCCCCGGAAGUCAAUGCCGACGACGACAACGCUGUGUCUGUCCUAUUUGCCGACGUCAAUUUGACGAUCCAGCAAGGCCAAUUCGUAGUCCUCCAUGGCGCCGUGGGCCAAGGCAAGUCGUCACUAUGUGCAGCGCUUCUCGGAGAAAUGCGCAAACUGGCCGGGACGGUGUUCGUGGGGGGCGACAUCGCGUACUUUGCCCAGCAGCCGUGGAUUCAGAACGCCACCAUCCGAGACAACAUCCUCUUUGGAAAGCCGUUCGACGCAGCCAAGUACGCCAACGUCGUGGAAGCGUGUGCGUUGACCAAGGACAUUGCAGAGUUGCCUGCUGGGGACAGCACGGAAAUCGGCCAGAAGGGCAUCAACUUGUCGGGGGGACAGAAGGCGCGCGUGAGCUUGGCCCGCGCGUGCUACAGCGACGCCGAUAUUUUCGUGCUGGACUCGCCCUUAUCCGCCGUGGACGCCAUCGUGCAGAACGAGAUCUUCACCAAGUGUUUCCUCGGCCUGCUGCGAUACAAAACCAUCCUCUUGUCCACGUCACCUCGCAACCGCACCAACUCGCCCAAGCCAGUCUCAUCUGUCACCCCCUUGCCUCCCCCCACGGCCUACUGGGCGGUGGAUAGCCAGGAUAUCCUCGACGACUUGGUCGUCAAGCCUGACAACAACGACGACAGCCGUGACAAAACCCUGCUGGACACGACGGAGCAACAAUCGGGAACCCUCGUGUUGGAAGAAGGGCGUGCCGAAGGCCGCGUGUCCAAGGCUGUCGUGGUAGAGUACAUCCGGGCGAUCGGAGGUUGGCGGUCCAUGUCCGUGAUGGUGUUUCUGACGGUGGCUGUCGAAGCCAUCAAGGUCGGCAGCGACAUGUGA